UAGGUCUGCUUGGAAGAGAAAACUUAUCCCAAAUUGCUUGAAAUUGACUAAUUAAGAUAAAAUGUACACAAUUAAGCUCUUUCUUUUUAUUAUUCCUCUAGUUAUCUCUUCCAGAAUUGACCAAGACUAUUAUUCACCAUUUGAUUCUAUAUCUCCACAGCCAAAAUCAAGAUUUGCUAUGUUAGAUGAUGUAAAAAUUUUAGCCAAUGGCCUUCUUCAAUUAGGGCAUGGUCUUAAAGACUUUGUCCAUAAGACUAAGGGCCAAAUUAAUGACAUAUUUGAAAAACUCAACAUAUUUGAUCAGUCUUUCUACGAUCUAUCACUGCAAACUAAUGAAAUAAAAGAAGAAGAAAAGAAACUUAGAACAACUACAUCCAAACUACAAGUCAAAAAUGAAGAAGUGAAGAAUAUGUCACUUGAACUCAACUCAAAACUUGAAAACGUCCUAGAAGAAAAAAUUCUACUUCAACAAAAAGUGAGGUAUUUGGAAGAGCAAUUAACCAAUUUAAUUAAAAAUCAACCUGAAAUUCAGGAACACCCAGAGGUAACUUCACUUAAAACUUUUGUAGAACAGCAAGAUAACAGCAUCAAAGACCUUCUCCAGACUGUGGAAGAGCAAUAUAGACAAUUAAACCAACAGCAUAGUCAAAUAAAAGAAAUAGAAAAUCAGUUAAGAAGAACUGGUAUUCAAGAAUCCACAGAAAAUUCUCUUUCUUCAAAACCAAGAGCACCCAGAGCUACUCCCUCUCUUCACUUAAAUGAAACAAAAAAUGUACAACAUGAUGACAUUCCUGCAGAUUGUACCACCAUUUAUAACAAAGGUGAACCUACAAGUGGCAUCUAUUCCAUUAGACCCAGCGACUCUCAAGUUUUUAAUGUCUACUGUGAUGUUAAAUCAGGUAGUUCCUGGACAUUAAUUCAACACCGAAUAGAUGGAUCACAAAACUUCAAUGAAACUUGGGAAAAAUACAAAUAUGGUUUUGGGCGGCUUGAUGGAGAAUUUUGGUUGGGUCUAGAGAAGAUAUACUCCAUAGUAAAGCAAUCUAAUUACAUUUUACGAAUUGAACUAGAAGAUUGGAAAGGCACCAAGCAUUAUAUUGAAUAUUCUUUUCACUUGGGAAAUCAUGAAACCAACUAUAAACUACACCUAGUUGAGAUUACUGGCAAUGUAACCAGUACACUCCUGGUAAACAAAGAUUUGGUGUUUUCUACUUGGGAUCACAGAGCAAAAGGACACUUCAAUUGUCCAGAAAGUUAUUCAGGAGGCUGGUGGUGGCAUGAUGUAUGUGAAGAAAACAACCUAAAUGGUAAAUAUAACAAGCCAAGAGCAAAAACUAAGCCAGAGAGGAGAAGAGGAAUAUGUUGGAAGUCUCAAAAUGGAAGGUUAUACUCCAUCAAAUCAACCAAAAUGUUGAUCCAUCCAAAAGAUUCAUGAAGCUCUGACUGAACUAAGGCAAAUUAAAAAGCCAAUAAAUGAAACAUUAAAAUCAC